UAUAUCCACGUUGGCACUAACGCUGUUGUGUUUAGUCUGCGGAAAUCUGUGGACUGAGAGGCUGGCUACUUGCAAAAUUCAAAUCAGGUUUAACUCAAGGUUUAGAGUUGGAAACUUGGAUAAGAAGAGGGAAGUUACAUACGUAGUGUGUUACCAUAACACAGAUAAGUGUGUCAUUGACAGUUUUGGAGGUUGUAAUUUCGCGGUUUGCCUCGCGUGAGCUAAGGACAUCCCUAGUGACGGUAAAAUCUGUAAAUUAUGCUGAUUAGGCUUGUUUUUUUUUACCUGAGUGGGUAGAACAUGAGUCAUGGAAUUGUCUAACCACAGUCAAUUGAGUGCGUGAUGAAUAAAUAUCGGUAGUCAACCGGGAGUAGGUUAUUCUCCAGAGACUCACGCAGUUACGCACAUCAGCGAAGAUGUUUAUGUUGUACGUUGCGGUCUUCUUAGCAACUUUCUCCGCUGUGCCAUGCUCUGGCCAGUACUCGGCUCCCACGUAUCCCUGGAAAGAUGCAGAGACGGGUGAGGCAGUAACUUGCGACAAAUGUCCCCCGGGGAUGUACGUGGGCACCCACUGUUCGAGGCAUAUUCCCACCCGGUGUCUUCCUUGCGGCAAGUCUCAGUACACGGAGUUCUGGAACUACAUAGAGGAAUGCCUGGUGUGUGAUUAUGCUUGCUCUGAGGUCCAAGAAGAGGUUAAUGCCUGUAACGCCACACACAACCGUGUGUGCCGCUGCAAGGAGGGGUACUUCUCCACCCUUGACUUCUGCCUGAGGAGUACCGUAUGCCCACCAGGGGAAGGAGUAGAAACUGCAGGAACGCGGGAGCGGGACGUGGAGUGCGCGCAGUGUGAGAGGGGCUUCUUCUCCAAAGUGUCCUCCAGCACUGCCAGAUGCCAGACCCAUUCAGUGUGUGCUGACAACCAGACGGUCAUCCCUGGCAACGACAUCCACAACACUUUCUGCUCCUCCUGCAAGGCCAACAGCACCCACACACAAGACAUUAAAGUGUGUAACCAGGAGAUGGUGCGGUUUGUUCUGGACCGGCUGCACUCGGACAGGCAUACCCAGAGGCUGCUGCGGGUUCUGAGGCGUGUGAACCGGGUGGGUUCCGCGGGCCUGGAGCUGCAGGACCUGCUUGAUGUCCUGGUGGGAAAGAAGAGCCCGUCAGGCCUGAAGGUUCUGCUGGACGCACUGGACCGAGCCCGGCUUCCCCACCUGCACCGCCUCGUCACCAAAUGGUUCACAGCGCAGGGCUCCAUAUAGCACAGCCUCCACCUCAUUCACUGUGUGUACAAUAGAUCACAUAUUUAAUGUGUAAAAUGGGAAGAACAGAUUUUAUAUAUUUUUUAUGCUGCAGAUAAAUAAUAUAUUGAACACCGAAAUUAGAUAUAAAACCAUAUUUUUUAUAAAAUGUGCACUCCAAGUGAGACUUUCAUUGCAUCCCCGUUUGUUGUCUGUCUCUGUCUCUGUCUCUGCUGUCCCUAUCAAGGCUGUCCCUAUCAAGGCUGUCUCUAUCAAGGCUGUCUCUCAUCAAGUUUUCUCAUGUAUGCUGCCUUGCAUGUGACUGUAAAUGGAAGGGAAUACCACUCUAUAAUGACUUUGAAAUGAAGCCUGUGUGUGUGUGUUCCCUCAGAAGAGGGUGAUAUAUUUGAAUUAUAAAAACAAAAAAAACAUUAAUUGUUCAGAACAAAUGAAUGGCGUUCAGACAAAACCCUGUCAUUUUUUUGGACUUUAAAAAACAUGAAGGGUUACUGCUUGGACUCAGUGUUGUUGGGGAGAGUUAAAUAACAUGAAGGGUUACUGCUUGGUCUCAGUGUUGUUGGGGAGAGUUAAAUAACAUGAAGGGUUACUGCUUGGUCUCAGUGUUGUUGGGGAGAGUUAAAUAACAUGAAGGGUUACUGCUUGAUCUCAGUGGGGAAAGUUAAAUAACAUGAAGGGUUACUGCUUGGUCUCAGUGUUGUUGGGGAGAGUUAAAUAACAUGAAGGGUUACUGCUUGAUCUCAGUGUUGGGGAGAGUUAAAGAAUGUUUCUGUCAUUCUUGUCACUAUAAUUUCAUGCGUCUUUGUGAGAUGUCAGUACCAUGGCUCUGGACCUGAAGUUGUUACAGUGUAAGUGUAGUGUAUGUAUGUGAAAAUGUAAAGCGUGUAUGAAAUGCAAUAAAGUUUUGUGUUUAUCUACA